AUGAGCGAUCCAACGAAGCUACCUCCCGAUAUAAGGGUCAAACACACAGAAUCCACACUCUGUAUCUUCGACAAGUUCCCGAAGGCGAUGUACCACUUGCUGGUCCUUCCCCGGAUUGCUGAUCCUUUGGCGUUGAAGAAUUUCGUCUCACUGAGAACACUUCUUGGGCUAGAUAAGCAGUUUGCGAAAAACUCUUUACUCAUGUUGAAGAAUGAAUCUAAAUUUGCUAUCUCCAUGAUCGAGGACGAGAUGGUCAAAUCUCAUGGAUUUAAGUGGAACAUAUGGGUUGGAUUUCACGGCAGCCCGUCGAUGGAUUUGCUUCAUCUUCACAUAAUCUCUUCCGACCUCUGCUCUGAUUCUCUGAAGAACAAGAAACAUUACAACUCUUUCCAUCCAUCCCUCGGAUUCUUCCUCCAUUUGGAUGAUGUCUUGUCGUGGUUUGAUUUGACGGAGGCUGAAUUCAGGAAACGGGCUUCGCUCGAGCCAAACAGAUUCGAAACCCUCCUCAGGGGGGAUUUGCGGUCAUGGCGUACCGGUGUGACCUUCCAAACCAUUCCUCUCCUGAAGGCUUCACUUAAGAAGGAAUGGGAAAAAGAAAAGCACGACGCGUCUCGAGUUCCAAAACGCAAACGCGGGGAUUCGGAGGACAAAGAGCAUCAUGGUUCUGCUGAAGAUUCUACCACUAAAAAACGGACCAUAGACACUGGUGCAAAUGAUGCAUGA